UUUUUGACAAUUCAUCGGCGUGCGUGAAAACCACAUCCUUCUACCCUUGUCCUUUGCAGGGGAAUUUUCCAGGCUUUCCCACGAGCCAACAAGAGACGGCAGAUGCUGUGGCAUUUACCCCUGCAACAGUGACUCAUAUAUUUGAGAUCAAUACGGGUGAGUUCAUCAAUAAUUCUCUCAUGGAAAAGCACUCACAGUGAAAAGCGAUGUAGUGCCACGGAGAAAGCCAAAACAUCUCCAACUUGUAUAGAAAUAUAUAUUUUUUUUGUACAAAGAUUUCCCAAGCCAAAGAGAUAAAACGCUUUUAAGUGAAUACCAGACCUCAUUUUUAAUCAAACUGCCGUAACAGCUGCGGUUGGUGUUUUCUUUCUGUGACAUUUUGUGCGAGAUUUUCCCCCCCGUGUUUUUCUACCCCAUUUGUCGCGAGACUCCCUUCCAUGUUUUCCGCAUUUUCACAUCAAAAUCCUUCAGUUUAGUUUUUUUUUCUUCGCUCUCCGCGUGUCAUGUCUUUGGAGGAUCCUUUCUUUGUUGUCAAGGACGAGGUUUUCAAAGCACUCAACAAGACACGAGGACUCUAUCUACGGUGGAGGGAAUUGGGAGACACCAGCGGAGCUGAACUUGAGUGGACAACGACAGAAUUGCGGAAUUCCCUAAGGAGCAUCGAAUGGGACUUGGAAGACCUCGAGGAUACAAUCGGUAUUGUCGAGAAGAAUCCGAGUAAGUUUAAAAUCGACAAUCGGGAACUCCUUACGCGACGGCACUUCAUUGAGGCCACACGGAAUGAAGUGAAAUCGAUGAAAGAUGAGAUUUGCGUGAGCAGAAGUCGAGAUAGAGACAUCACAGCGCGUCAGCCACUUCUGGACGCCACCACAGAUAGCCCCAGUGUGAUCACAUCACCGCCAUCCCUAAUGAGUGCAGCAACGCAGAAUUUGGCCUCAGCGGCCGCCAGGCACAGUGGUACGAAAUACUCAAAGCUCGAGAACACCCUGGACAGCCCUACGCAUAGAUUCCUCGGGGAGAGUGUAUCAGCGCAGCAGCGCAUGUUUCAGGGACAGGAUGAGCAAUUGGACGUGAUCAGUGAUUCCAUUGGAACACUCAAGACCGUCUCACGGCAGAUUGGUUCGGAGCUCGAUGAGCAGGCAGUUAUGUUGGAUGAUUUUGGGAAUGAACUCGAGAAUACGGACACAAAGCUAGAUUCCACCAUGAAGAAGAUGGCCAAGGUGCUCCACAUGACCAAUGACAGCAGGCAGUGGAUGGCUAUCGGCGUACUGUCCGUGGUUCUCUUGAUUGUGAUAAUACUGUUCAUUCUUCUUUAGAAUCAAGGAGUGGCGAGUGGGAAGAUUGGGAGAGAUCAAAAAGACAGAUGGAUGCAUGUGCGAAGCUGAAAGUUUUGUCGUGAACUUGGUAAAAAUCUUGCACACUAUGUGCUGAGGACUAGGAUGGGAUUUGGGAUGAAUAUUAUCAGAGAAUAAUCACAGAGAUGAGAAAAUUUCAUAGACUUAAGGACAUAUUAAAAAAACGUAAAAUAAAUUAAUGUGAAUGAGAUUUUUUUUGCUGCAAUGUUGUGAAAUGAUGAGUUUUUCAAAUAUUUUUUAAGGGAUUUUCAGGUGAGUUUUUGAGUGAAUUAAAAGACGAAAAAUUGAUCUCAAAGUUUACUUUUAUUCAUUAAGUUUUAAAUAUUUUUUUCUCAAAAAAAUUACAAAAGAUGAUCAUUUUGCAACAUUGUGGCAUUAUUGUGUCACUAGAGGGAUGAUUAAGGGAUGGAAAAAAAAAUACAACAGCACGAGAUUUCAGCAUGAAAUAUAUAAUUAAAAAAAAGUAGGAAAAUUAAUCAUUUUUUAUGUAAUUCCUGAAGCAUAAAAAGCGAACAACUCAGACGAAUCAAUUCUUCCUGACAUUAUAGAUGAUUUUCAGACUUUUCAGACAUUUUAACAAAAAAAAAUCUUUGCAUUUUGUGAAUCCUGUUAACGUGAAAAAGAAAUCCAGAAUUUUUGUGGGGACCUAGUCAUUUUACGUUUAAUCCUUUGUACAUAGGCAUGAGUAUAUUUAUUGUAGAUGAUGAGAAAAUGGAAAUACAAAAAUUACCUUUAUCCUCA